CCAAUCAUGGUCUGCACGGCCACAACAUCAUAGCCACUUGUGAUUCUAGGCACAUCGUGAUAGUAAACAAUACAUAAAUACAACAAAGGGUUUGCUGAAGAAAUGUUAUACACUGACUUGGCUCAAACACCCAAUUUAUUCCCUCUUCCAAUACACAUUCCGUUUGCGUACUGCAACAAACACAGCCUCCUUCCGUCAACAAUUCCCCAACUUCUACCUCCUUGCAACAUUCACGCAAUCCGCAAUUUUUUCCAGUCGAUCGUCUUUGCGCAAGAGUACAUAGGCCAGCCGUCAAGUCAUCUUCCACGAUCAAACACUCUGGCAUCUUCGAGCUCAACAAAAGAGGAGCAAGCACAGGACCAAACCACAACCAUGUCCAAGUCCGAUUCCAAGGCCUGCCCAACAUGCAAGAGGGGGAUAGAAGACGCGCCCGCGAAACCCGCCCCAAAGAGCACAACCGUAGACAUCGACGGAGACAUUGAGGAUACCUUGAACCAGCUCCCACCACUCCCCACGCCCCUACCAAAAGCUCAUCCAGACUUCAUCCACUGCGUACCCCCCCAAGCACCCACCUACCGAAAAUACUCCGUCUUCACAGCAGGCAGCAUAGAAAUGGGCGCAGCCGUGCAAUGGCAAAAGCACAUGGCCAAAUUUCUAUCCCCUCUCCCCGUGACAGUCAACAACCCGCGCAGAGGGCAUUGGGAUCCCGCCACGACGAAAGAAGCCAAGAACGAGGCUUUCAGACACCAGGUCGAGUGGGAGCUCUCUGCGCUGGAGAAAGCUACCGUUAUCUGCUUCUUCUUCGACGUCAACACCAAGAGCCCCGUUACCAUGUUGGAGUUGGGUCUGUGGGCGCACUCGGGCAAGGUGGUUGUUUGCUGCAGCAAAGAUUUCUGGCGCGCGGGAAAUAUUCACAUUGUGUGUGAGCGCUACGGUAUUCCGUUUGUGGAGUCGUUUGAGGCGUUGGUCCCGGCGAUCAAGGAUAUGCUGGUGGAGAAGGGCAUGAAGUUGGAUGCGGACGGUAACCUGAUCGAUUGACGGUUGGUAUCUGUAACGGCGUUUGGCGGCGGUGUCGGAUUUGGCGGUCAUCUGAGCGUUCACGAGAAGUUAUGGAGGACAUCUGUUUAUGGGCGGUUUUUGUGUAUUGCUUCUGUUUUUCCCAGUUUCCAUAGAAUACGUUCUCUGAUGCUUUCCAUGAUUAUCCCAUUACAUGUUCUCCGCGUAGUAAUGCAACCACGAUCCAAUGCU